AUUUAUACAAUUCACAAACCACACAAGUACACAAUCAGCAAGAGCAGAAGAGUAAAUGGCAGCCUCAGUUAUGGCCUCAGUGAGCUUGAAGCCAGCUCCUUUCAGCUUUGAGAGGUCAGCAGUGAGAGGGCUUCCCUCUCUUGCUAGGACCUCUGCCUCAUUCAAGGUCCAAGCCAGUGGUGUCAAGAAGAUCAAGACCGACACACCCUAUGGAACUGGUGGUGGCAUGAACUUGAGGGAUGGUAAAGAUGCCUCAGGAAGGAAGCCUACAGGAAAGGGUGUUUACCAGUAUGUAGACAAGUAUGGUGCUAAUGUUGAUGGAUACAGUCCCAUCUACAACCCUGAGGAAUGGUCCCCAUCUGGUGAUCGCUAUGCUGGUGGUACAACUGGCUUGGCUAUCUGGGCUGUGACCCUCUUCGGCAUUCUUGCCGGUGGUGUUCUUCUUGUCUACAACACCAGUGCAUUGUCACAGUAGAAAAGUAAUCAUCUCUUGUACUGUAUGUGAUUGUUAUAGCGCAUUCCUACUAGCUGUCCUAAACAAGAAUAUUGAAGAACUACUCUGCAAAUGUUUACUCGUAAUGUUUUGGCACGGACUCAAUUUGAUGCCUGUAAUAUUUUCUGUUGAACGUCCA